AAUCCUUUCUUCAGCGCAUCCAUACUGGAGCUCGGAGCUGUAUGUCCUGUAACUGGAAGUGGCUCUCGUCUUAUAACCGGUGGAUGGAGCUGUGUGUGCUCAGACUGCCAGUCUGUCUUCUAUCAGUUAUUGUGGUUGACCAAACGGAUCAUCUGACUGAAGUUUCUGUAAGGUUGUGAGGAAGCAACUGGCAUCCAUGACGUGCCUAGGUUCAGUCAGCCCGAGAACUGCUUUGAAAAUGGCAUUCAGGGAAAAAUCCCGUCUGUGAUCAUCCCACAUACCACAUCCCUGCUGUCACUGAGGAGAAAGGGAGCACACAGAUAUGGUGGUGCUGAGGUUGGCCGUACUUCUCCAGGGGCUGCUUCUCGCAGCACGAUGUGAGGUCAGAGCCAGAGACCCAGAGCUAGAAGAGGAGGAUGAGCUGAAGGACAUGUCAGACGAUGGUGGAUGGGACCACAGAGCUCCAUCGGUUGGGUUUGGAGCACCUCCUCAUGGUCAUGGACUAAACAGGCAGAGCCCUGAUGUGUAUGGAUCUGUCCACCAUCCACUCGGUCACAGACACCGUGACCCAGACGUGCCUGAGGGAACGAGGGACCCAUCAGAUCCUUCAGCUGGGGGCUCUUUGCUCCGAACUGGGAAUUGGUGUGCGUUUGUUCACAAGCGUGCUAUUACUGUGGCAGUAUCCUGUGGAACUGAGAAGUACACCAUCAAGUCCCAGAGUCCCUGUCCUAACGGCACCCCAGACUGCCAGCUAAUCAUGUACAAGCUGUCCACUCGGCCAGUGUACAGACAGAAGGAGAAAAUCUUCACUGCACUGCUGUGGCGAUGCUGCCCUGGGCAUGCUGGGAAAAACUGUGAAGAGACAGUCACAGACGGCCAAGUCUCUGAAUCUGAAGACCCCAGCAUGGCAGGCACAGCACAUCCAGGGGGACAUGAAGUGACAGACAGACGACAUAAACUAACUCGGGAAAACAGAGAACAGAAUGAUUACCAAAUGUUUGGCGGUCCACUGUAUGAAGCUCAACAACCUGAUGUAGAGAAUCAAAUUGCACCAGAACCCACGGAUGACUAUGAGCACGUCAUGAGUCGUCAUGCUGGCCAUAACCACUUUGAGAAUAAAGAUCCUUCUGUUGUACAUGAAGGUGUUCCUCAACCAGAAACACCUUACUAUCACCACGGACUCCUACCAAUCUUGAAAGAGGCCGUAAUGUCUCAGCUACAACCUAUGUUAGACAGUUUCAAUCUAACCCUGGAACAACUUUCUCAGGAGGUGCAAGGGUUGCAGCGGGAUAUGGCCCAACUCCGACAUGAACAGGGGCAGGGGAGGGUCACAGAGCCUCUGGAGGUUGGUGGUGAGGAGCACAAUCCACAGGAGGCUGUUGAGGCAGAGUUGAGGGAGAGUUUACAGAAGCUGGAGGAAGUGAAAGCUCAGUUUCGCAACCACCGCGAUGAGGUUGAAGCGAGGCUCCAUUCUCAGCAAACCAUGCUACACUACAACCUGACGAGUUUCAAGACAGACAUCGAUGUCAAACUCAAACGUAACCAAAAGAUGUUACAGGUAAACCUCCACUCCCUGAACACGUCAAUGUCUGAAAUGCGGCAGGAACAAGAGAGGCUGGAUGACGAACUUCAGAAUAUUUGGCCUGAAACGAAGACCAAUCCUGCACAGAGUCGGCCUUAUGAGAGCACAGCUGUUUGGGAGGCCAUCACGCGCAUAGACAACAAAGUCAUCAACAACACAGUGAGACUUAGUGGCUUGACUGAGGGCCAUGAACAAGUGACUGCAAACAUUAAGGACCUCCAGAAUGGUUGGACAAAUCUGGACAAGAAAAUAGUCCAGACUGGCCACAACAGCCAGGUUCUGUUUAUGGAGACCGGUUUAGAGGUGGAGGCAGCCAAGGUAUCAGUUCUUGACCGCAUUAAUGAGCUGAACAGCAACAUUAGUGUUCUCCAAAGAACCCUGCAGGAGAUGGAGACUGAUGUCGAUUAUCUCUACACAGGGUAUUACAAGAAUAUAAGUUCGGCAAGUGGGGAUUGUGACUGUAUUGCGCUUGGAGCAUCGCUGACCCAGUUGCAAGAUACUGUAGCUACUGUGAAGGAGACGGUGAAUGAAAAUAAGCUGGCCCGCGAGCAUGAGGCUCAAAUGAUGUUGGACAGUCAGGCUUGGGUUCCAACCGUGGAAGAUCUGAAACUAGGGCUACUAAAUGUGCAAAAGUCUCUUGCCUUUGAACAGGAAAAGAGCAGAAUGUUAAAGCACAAUGUGACUCAACUUCAGGCCUCUCUUUUGGGCAGCCAGCAGGACAUCGAAACACUCCAAGAGCAUGAUAGGGCCAGGGUUGAGAAGAUCCAGCAGCUACAUAGCAUUUUCAACACCUUGCUUCAAGAUGCCAUUCGUCAUUCAGAGGUACUGGAGAUUUUGCUUGGGGAAGAGGUGUUGGAGUUCAUAGCAUGGUCUGUUGAAGAAAAAAGACGUUUCUCUAUACCGGAAUUGAAGGAAAGCAUCAGAGAUAUGCAAACACAGAUCAAUGGACACAGUCGCAGCCUAGCCUCAAUGCUGAACUCUGGUAGCCCUCAGGUGACGGCAGCAGAUGAGCCCUCGGUGGGCGUCGACAGAAGACAUGGCCAUGAAAGUUUUGACCUGUCCGAGGAGCUGCCGGUUUACUCUGAUAACGACUUCUGGACUUUAGAGAAAAUGGUUAGAGAUCUCGGAGCUGACAUUAAACAGCUUGAGGAACACCGUCCUUCUUGCUGUAACGGCACUAAAACUGCUGCCACUGGUGGUGUGGAAGUGAAACUGCAGUCCGAGGUGGAUGCUUUGCGUAAGGACCUUGAGAACCAUCUUGGAGUUUUUAACAGCAUUUUCAGUAAUACAGAGGAACUUACUGGCUCUGAGGGGUCUGUGGAUUUGAAUAAGCUGUCAGCUUUGAUGAAGAGAAAGGAAGCGAAACACCAAAACAGGAAACAAAAAAAGAGAGCUGAUAACAGAGCUGUUCAAACAGGAGAGCAAGUGAAUCACCGCAUCAAAAGGGACGCGUCACUGGAAUCCGCAGUGCUUCGUCAGCUCCCAGAUAGUCCAAUUAUGUUCCUGGCCAGCACUACAGACGGUGCUAACGGAUCUGGCACGGUUCUUUUUGAAAGCGUGACCCUAAAUCACGGACAGUUAUAUUCGUCAAAAACAGGCACAUUUCGCGCUCCUACUUCUGGUGCUUACCUUUUUGUGGUGACACUGGACUUUGGUCCAGGCCCGUCUCUGGCUCAAUUAAAGAGAGGUGGAGAGGUAGCCGCGUCCUUACGACAGAACCCGAGAAAGUUGGGAUCACCUGCAACACGUGUCUGCAUCCUACAGAUGGAGCAAGGAGAGGAACUCAGUCUAGAGCUGGUGCAGGGAACUAUAGAGCGCAACAACCCACGAGAGAACACGUUUGCAGGGCUACUAAUGCUGCAGACCACCUGAGAACAUGCGAGUAACUAAAGAUGCAAAAGGACUGCAAGAUGGUAAAAACAUGCUUUUUUUUGCACUGCUUAACACAAAAUUCUCUUUCGGGAUCUGAGCGACAAAAAUAGCAGGUAGAAAUCGUGAGAGGUUAAGACAUUGAGCACCGUUUUCAAAGAGUAAGACUUCUCGAUGGAAUACGAUAUCUUGCAUUUGGUUUCAGUGUAACAUCUACAUUCCUAAGCCGCAAAAUAGAAAAAAAAAAAUUGUACUAAAGUUAUUUUUAAAAGUAUACAUGGACAAAUAGUGUACAGAGUAUGAGGCCUAAGCUUAAGGCACCCUUUCAAAAGCAAAAAACAAUUUUUUUUUUCCAAAUUAGACUGGUUGUUUAAUAUAUUACAUAGGAAAGAGCUGGGUGAUACUACAGUGAGCACACUGAAAUAUCUACAGACUUAUAUACAGUAGGGGAAAAACAUCUUUUCAACAUACUUCAUUUGUCAGAUUACAGUGAGGAGGUGCAUUCUUAGCUUUUGGAUGAAGUACAGAAGCAAAAAUUCAGUAUUUGGGAAAAUGCAGGCAAAAUUACUAAAAAACAGAUUUUUCUGAAAUAGCCAUGACUCCUUUUUUUUUAAUGCAAUCAAAAGCUAACUUAACACUUUAAAAUCCCUUUUAGCCACAGAAAUACAUUUGACAUGGAGAACCAAUUUCACAGAUUCAAUUUUCAUACUUCUUGUAUAAUAAUAAGAGCAACAAAUGUAUUUUCAUAUACACCAAAUCUAGUGUUUCUCUAGCAUACUGUAGUGGAUGCUGAAAUUAUCCACCCUAAAGUGAGAUAAUGUUUCCUUAGAUCUAUUAUUUAUUAUCGUUUCAUCAAGAUGCCCUUUUGGCUUUUCUGGGCAUCCUGUUCUGAAAGCAUUGUGACAAAGCACCUUAGUCUGGCACAUUGUAUAUUCACACAUCCUGUCUUUUAGGUUCCAGAUAGUGGUGGAAAAAACUACUGUGAAUUGUUCUGUUACUAUUACAAAUCACACUGGUCUUUUCACUUGGCACUGAGGAUAAUAAUAUUAAUAAUAAUAAAAACUUCUAGAACACAA